AGAAGGCACGCACACACCUUAAAGAGAAAACUGAAUCUACAGUAUGUGGGUGGAGUGCAAGUUUUUUCGCUUAAUUUAGCGUAUAGAGAAAACUGCUACAGGACCACAAUUUAAACUGCAUUAUAAGCAUAAAAAACAUCGCGCUGAGCUGGUGUUGACUUUUCAGUUGAAAAGUCUUUGGAGAGCAACUUUUUGCAAGAGUCACUUCAACCGUUAUGUCUAGAAUAUUCCGUGCCGUUAUCAUGGGCCCCCCUGGCUCAGGAAAAGGAACCAUCUCUGAAAGAAUUGCGCACACUUUUGGUAUUCAACAUCUGUCCAGCGGUGAUUUUUUGAGAGAGAACAUUGCUGCAAACACUGAGGCUGGCACACUGGCUAAGACCUACAUAGAGAAGGGGCUCCUGGUGCCAGAUCAUGUGAUGACUCGACUUCUGCUACCUAGACUAGAGGAGAUAGCCAGACACAGCUGGCUGCUGGAUGGCUUUCCCAGGACGCUGGCUCAGGCCCAAGCCCUGAACAGUGCCUGUGAGCUGGACGUGGUCAUCAGUUUGAACGUCCCAUUUGAGACUUUGAAGGAGAGACUAAGGCAUCGUUGGAUACACCCUGCCAGUGGCCGAGUUUAUAACUUGAUAUUCAACCCUCCGCACGUGACGGGUAUAGAUGACAUCACUGGUGAGCCUUUAAUUCAGCAUGAAGAUGACAAACCAGAGGCAUUGGUGGCCAGACUGCGGCACUACAAAGACGUGGCUAAGCCGGUGAUGAACCUGUACAAGUCCAAAGGUAUCCUGCACAUGUUCUCGGACACAGACACGGAUCACAUCUGGCCUCACAUCAGCUCCCUGCUCAGUGCCAAGAUUCCAGCGCCCAGAUCCAGUGCCCAGUCCACUCCAACCCACUGAGGGACACUCUCCCUGGGCAGGUCCUCCAAUGACUCCAGAAUUCCAGACAAGUGUCUGCUAUUGUCAUUUAGUGUCCUCAUAUGAUGGCUCUUUGAAUUGAUAAGUUGUUUCCUCCUCUGUCUCGCUCACUCACUCUAUCUCUCUCUCUCUCUUUCUCUCUCCGUCUCUCUCUGUCACACAAACAUGCAAACAUAUCCCUCCAAGUAAAUGAAUGAAAGCUUUUCUCAUGACUGCCUUUGACAUGUCAUGGUAUUUAGUUCUAGUUUAGUUGAGUUUGGUCGUUUUGGAAUUCAAGGGACUGGACCUUUAUAAUGGAAUAAAUUGUAAAAGAGUCCCGUCGGUCAGUGUAGUGGUUUUUGUUGAUUACAUGAAUUCAGGUGCUGUUGUAACUAGUAUGUUACUGCUCCACACAGUGCAAUUCCAGUGUAUAUAUAGCCAUUCAUGCCAUGCGUUUGCCUUUUCACGACAUGAUCCUUUCCAGAACAUCACUACAAAUGCUGAAUAUACUCUUAGAUUCCAUUAACUGAUAAAACAAUUGCCUUGUACAGAAAUGACGAAUUGUUUGAGCGAUUUACAUUGCACUAAUGUUCCUGGUACUUUUGUGCUUCUAAUGUAAUGACAAAUAUCAUGCUAAUGAUCAUAUUUGUUGGAGAACUGUUCCUCUCCUGAUGAAUGUGCUCAGGAUCAUACAGUAUAUAGGUUAUUCGUUUUGCCAAAGGGUCCCACCUUGCACACAGAUGAACAUGUAGUGGCUCUAGAUAAGAGCAAUGGUUUAUCUGGAAUGCUGCUCUAGAAAAAGGCAUACAAUUCCAAAGCAUUUUCUUAACGCUCACCUGAGAAAAUGUUUAUCUCAACAUUUGCAUUCAGUCCUUGAUCAUUGUAAGACUGUGGAUUGUUGUUUAUGCUAUGUGCGUUCUAUAGUCACAUUGCUUUAGGUCAUGUGUACAUUUGCCUUGUAUUGCAGCUUGCAAUGGAAAUGUUUUGUGAUGGAACCUUUAGGGACCAACAUUUUGAAGUUUCAGGUUCUAAAAAAGCUAAACAUUUUGGCACAGCCGUGACACUGCAACUCUGAAACUAGAAGUUCUAAAUGUUACUGCUCUGUAAAGGAAUUUAUUACAGGGUUCAAACCUGUCUAUGAAUGAACCAUUAUUAGACAACGGAACAGGUAGAAAAAGAUUUUUCUAUACAGUAAGCAGUGGACUUCUGAAUCAGAACUACAGUAUCUGAUAAAAACGCAUUUAUUGCUCUGAAGAUGCCGCCUCUGAAGUGACUGUAUGGCGAGGGUUAACCAUGUAUUUAGUUCGUUAUGACACCUUUUGCUCACUGUAUGAUUUUAAGAGUAAUCAUUCUCUGUCAAGGAAAUGUAAACAUUGUUGUAAGAUUAUACAUUAGCUUCUUUGUGGACAUCUCUUUUGUGUUUCAGAGGGCAUGAAUUCCAUUUUUUGGUGCCUGUGCCAUGGUAUAUGGCUUAUGUGUUCUAUUGUAUUGAUUUUGGAAAUCAAAGCUAACAUACAAUGACAAAUAUCAUUCAGAUGUACAGCAUUUUGCCAUACUAUAAUGGAACUGAUAUGGAGGGAACUACUGGGGAGAACUAUGAGUGUGCUGGUCUUCAUCCACUCCCACAGUAAACUGUAAUGUUGUGUUUUUCCUGGGCUGUUUGUUGCCUCUUGUUAGACUGAAUUAGAGAGUUACUGUAAGUCUUGUUUAGAGACUGAAUGAGAGAGUUAAGUCUUGCCAGUCAGAGAAUGUUUUUCAACGUUUCCUCAAUGUCUCCACCCUCUGUUGUGCAAUACCACACAGCCUAUUUCUGUGCUGCUGUGAGUCAUGCAGUACAACUGCUCUGUCUCAUAGACCAAAUAAACACUUUUCCUACAAAA